CGUAGAACGUUACAUUAGUAACGAACACAAUCUCUCAGCGGGCUAACGUGACCGCUAUGUUUACUAACACCAACUUAUGUUUACGAUAGUAUAAAAAUAAACAAAGUUAUAUAACCAUAAACAUUGUUUAUAGAAAAUGUGGGUGGAUGUCAGUGGUAGGGAGAGGCAGAAUUAUUUGUCGGCUGCAAACGGAUCAUUUAUUCCCGGGUACACAGGCCAUUGCCCGCUACUGAAGUUUCGCUACGGGAAAUGCUACGGCGACAACACGCGGCACAUUCUCAAAGAAAUACGCUCUAAAGGACUGUUCAACAAACCACUGAAGUAUAGGCCAGGAGACAACUACGAGAUCGAUAACAUGCCGCGACGCAGCGGGCCCAUGCGCGACGUGUACGACGGCACGCGACACAGACAGCCCGCCUACAUGACCGGCUACACGGGAUACGUGCCCGGCAUGCAUUUCACAUAUGGAAAAUCCUACGGACGUGCAGCCGACGAUUGCAUGGCAGACUUCAGCGCAAGCCAAAGAGAGUUGCAACGCAAGACAAAUCUCAACAGGAGCUUUGUGAGAUCGCGGAGCGCUCCCAAGAUGGAGACCGUUCAUUCCCGAGAUGAGAUCAGAAGAGAUUUGAAUAGAUUUAUAGAGAUCAAUAAAUACAAAGAGAACACAAUAUCACCGGAAUUUCCACCAAUAGCGGGAUACACGGGCCACAUCCCGAGAAUAAAAGGCUCCGAGGCCUCCCUCAGCCAGCGCUACCACUGCGCGGCCAAACGCGGCCUUGAGCUCAUCAAGAUGGAGAGGGACAAACGUAAGGAACUCCAGAACGCUGACAUCAACAUCAGAGCCAUCUUGAAGGACCACGACAGGAAGUCUUCGUAUUGGAACUGGGGAUAGCACACGGGCAGAAGGAUGUUCUUCACCAAAUGUCGUUGAACAUUCUUCGCUAGGCUCCAAGAACAGUAUUAGACAAAUGAGUAUUAUCUUGCUAAUAUAAAUGCGAUGGUUCAGAUUGAUGGUUGUUUGUUAUGACGCCAAAAUGGAUGGAAGGUUUUGGAUGAAAUUUGGCUAACAUAUAGAUUAUAGUCAGGAGUAAAAUAUAGGCUUCUUUUUAUCCCGUUAUUGCGGGAAGCAAAGUAUAAUUAUUUAUCAGAAAUGGGAUUUACGAUAGUGAAAUCAUAGAGGUACCUUUACUUUCGAUAGUGUGAAUUUUGUAUUGUUGUUGGUAUUUUUAGUGCAAAUAAUGCUCCAAAAGUUGAGAAUGUACAGAAAUUACUAAUAAUAUAACCUAUCUACGUAAUAUAAAUGCGAUGGUUUGUAAUAAUGGAUGUUUGUUACUCCACUGAAGCUAAAUAAAUUACAGAAAACGAUUUUGAAUGAUGGAUAGAUAACAAGUUAAAAGUUGUUACUAACCAGCUUUUUUUCUGUUGAUUAAUUAAUAAUUAUACAAUUUAACAGCCUCAAUGUCCUACAAAUUGCGUGGUAAGUUAUCUCGUUCCGACGCUUAAAAAAUAAUUUCCUGGUAACUCAGUUAGCUACCAGAAUCAAGAAUUUUCGUAAAUAAAAAAGUUGAAAAUUAACUUGAUAGUAAUCAGUAAUUGUACAAAAUGUUCUACGGAUCCCUGACAUAAAUAGAAUCAAUAAAAUUAUGUCUUCGAUGACGUUCCAAUUUCACGCAUUCAAAGAGUAUUAUUCAGAUACUUCAAAUUUGAUAUGCAUACAAAUUUACUUUAUAUAUACCUAACUGUUAUAGUCAUAAUAUUUGCUGAAUGUAAAUAAACUUUUUAUGAACUACCUAACUUCUUGCUAUUUUUUAAAUUGUAAAAGUAAAUUCAAAUCGUAUCACUACUUUAUGGGAAAAUCGCUAGAUACGGACGUAUAUCUACAGAUGGGCUGAAUACGUAACCUCCUAUUUUGAUACCUUAGAACAUACCCUACUUUUUAUCCCGAUAUUUACAACUCUGACAAUAUCUGUGCAAUCGGAUCUAUGCAGGUGAAACCGCGAGGCAUAGCUAGAAUCUUAUAACAAUAACAAAAAGAAAGCCAUCUAAUAAAAAUAGUGUUAUUGAAAUCGUUAAAGGCAGUCAAACUUAGUAAAAUAUUUUACAUUUUUUUUCUUAUUGAGAAAGAAUACAAUAAGGAACUUAAGCUAACUUAUCCUAAUAACCAUAAAAAUCAUCCCCACGUGGAAUAUUUUACUUAUAUAAUUUAAAUAAAUAUUACCGUUAUUAUACCUAAUAAGGUAACAAUAACAAUGAAUUACCGUUAUUGUAAGAUAGUACUUAUAAUAAUAAUAAUAAUAAUAAUUUAUUUACUUCAGGUUAUACACCCAUUUAAAAUAUACAUAAAUAAGUACAGAUAAUAAUUAAAUAUAACUGCUCACU